AUGAGGCACGUGGCAGACGCAGAAGUGAUGCGGCACUUAAAACAGCUCACACUGAGUUCGAAGUGCAAUUUGGUGAUUUCACAUUGGGGCAACCGGGGUUUAUCGGUUCUCACUCGGAUCACUCUAGGCGCCGACACUGACGAAUCCAACGCGCUCGUCCACGACGAGUGGGUUCACGCGCUGGCGGCACCACACGCAACCCACGCUCCACCUCAAAACGUUUCGACGGCGUGUGAUUGCGAUUUUGCAAGGUCAGCACCAUCAACGGCUCGUGUUUCACGACAAUGUAAUCAUAACUUUACUGUUUCUUUGUACUAUUAA